UGUUGUUUCUGCAUCACAGAGAGAAACAUAAAUCUGCUCAGUGGCUCAAAGCGUCCUGUGGGGGCGGACUGCUGAAUCACCAGCUAACGGGUCUAACGCGUCCCCACUACCCCACGGGCUUUUCAGAUUAAAGUCUCCUGAAUGUGCCACAGCCUCAGAUUUUAGGCCUGCGACCCACACAUUACAGCCCAGUCAGCUCCGCUCGGACAGUGGCGGUGCCAGCACGCUAAAGAUUUUAUUGUUUCAUUGCGGGGUGUCUGAGUCGCUCCCCAGCUGCCAGCAUGAUGAAGGACUGCCUGCAGUUCCUGAUCGAGCCGGCAAAAAAGCUGAAGAGCCGGCUGAAGGACUCUCAGAAGCGAGUGAAGCUGGAGACGACGGCGCCGCUGAUGGAGAGUCAGUUAUUUAUGAUGGAACUUACACGAGACCUCAACAAAAUCUGUCAGGGAUCCAGUGUCCUCAGCCACAUCUGGACCAGUGAGGACCUCUGGCCAGCUGGCACCUGUCGGGACUUCAUAGUGGAUUGGUCUGCUGUCUUAGAGAAGAUAGUACAGCCGAGGAUCGGCCCCAUGGAGCCGCAGCAUGAGAGGCCGGAGAAGAGGGACUGGAAGGGUCACCUCCUGCACAUGCUGGAGGCGGCUGGCGAGUGUGACAUGCUCCCCCACAAACGAGUCAUCAUGGAGUGGACGCGGGAGAUUAAAAGCAGGUCUAAGCCCACCAUCUGGCCGGGGGAACACGUGCUGAUGAUGCUGGCUGACCUGGAGUUCCAGUGGAAGAGGGGCUGUCUGCCCGACCUGCUCCCAGCCGUGGAACUCAUCAUGCUGGCCAUCCUGAACGCCAACAAUCCUGUCAAGGAGGACGUGACCAAGCUGUGGCUGGUGAGGAGACAGAGGCUCACCAGGACCGAUGCAAUCCGCUACAUCCCCCACAGCGUGUGGAAUUGGAUUCGUGAAGCUGCAGAGGAAGUCUCCUUGGAUUCAGACACCGCCAACCCGGAUCUGCUCAUCUCCAAUGAAAAGCGCAUGCGUUGUGGUCUGGAGCGUCAGGAUGUCCCGGUGUGUCCACGGCGGUUCAGUGGCUGGCUGUGCACCCUGGGCCAACAGGGUUUCACCUCCGGACGCCACUACUGGGAGGUGGAAGUUGGCGAUCGGGACUGGAGGUUGGGUGUCGCCAAGGCGUCAGCGGUCAGGCAGGGCUUCCGCUCCCUCAACACGGAUACAGGCUACCUGACCCUACGGCUGGAGAGGGGCACGGACCUGAAGGCGCUGACUGUGCCGGCCACCCUGCUGCCACAGAGCCUGGUUCCUCAGAAGGUGGGCGUGUAUUUGGACUAUGAGCAGGGCCAGCUGUCCUUCUACGACGUGGACAAACGGCGUCACCUCUACACCUACAAUGAGACUUUCAGAGAGGAACUCUACCCUGUGUUCGGGACUGUGGAGGUGGUCAGAGACCUGGUCAUCAGGUCGGUCAGUGUGAGGCAGCCGUGUCUCUGCCCCAGACCCUGUCUGUGGAACUGAACUCCUGACACCCCGCUAGCCACAAACGCUGGGCUUUACCGCAGUUCCGCUGCUGCCUCUGAGUUUGAAUAUUUAUACCUGGC